AUGAGGAGGAAACUGAACUACGUAAAGAAUCUGUGUGAAUUAGAGACCUACUUGCCCGUCUCCCAGUUGAAUUUACCUCUUCGAAUUCGAGAUUAUGAUAGCAAAAUUGGACUCUUUGGCAAUCCACUCUCGAUUGAUCCAGCGGCUGCUUCUGUCCUUGGAGAUCAUGAUUUUGAAGAUCCUCCCUUUCAUGAUAAACAGCAAUUUGGGGUUACUCUAAAGUUCAUUCGAGAGAAUGACGGUGGUAGAACAAUUCCCAUAGUCAUAGAAGAUACAAUUACCUAUCUUCGUCGCCAGGGACUGGACACUGUCGGAAUUUUCAUCAAACCUAUCCAUAUCAUGGCUCUUCAUGAUGCUCAGAGUCUCUAUAAUUGCGGAGAAUAUGUCGAUCUCUAUGAGAUGAACAAUCCCCAUCUGGCUGCUCAUCUCUUAAAAUCCUUCCUUACUGAAUUGCGCGAACCUCUUCUAACCUUUGACCUUUAUGAGGGCAUUCUCCGGGCCUGUAGCCAAACAGCAAAAAAUAAAGUGAUUUCCAUAAGACGAUUGCUGACAGUUCAUCUGCCAAAGGAGAACUACGAUAUUCUUCACUAUAUCUUCAAGUUCCUCACUGAAGUGCUGGAACACUCGUCGAAGAACUCGGUUACAGCCGCUAGUCUCUCGGUGACGCUAGCGCCAGCCCUAAUCCGAUGUCGCCGGAACUCGGUGUUGCCUUCUCAGUCUGUGCAGAGCUUGAUUACCUCCUUUACCCAGCUCUGUAUCACACACUUUGAAGUUAUCUUUACCCGGUCCGCUUCACCUGCCAGUAUUCUCACGUACUCAAUUCCUCAUGGCUUGGAUUCUCCUUAA